ACGCGGUACAUGUUGCUCGUUUUCUGCUUUGAUGAAGUCCGCGCUAACGUUAUUUUUGAGUUUACUACCACGGCCGGUUCGGUACGCGUUAUUUCGCGAUUAUUAGAUUAAGAAAAUGUAAAAGAACUUUUUUUCGAUGUUGUAUAAAUCGUUUUUCGCGUUCGAUUUAUUUAAAUCGUACGCGACAACUUGUUUAUUUAAAUGUUCGUAAAUUACAGGACGACCGAGAUUAACACCUGUUAAAUAAAAAUUAUUCGAGUUACGCUUUUUUUUUGUAAAUAAAACUUUCGUUACCUUGGCGAAUGUAAACUGUUCUGUGUUCAUUGACAGAAAAGAUUUUGAGAAACAUCAAGAAUUUCUCAAGUUGAUUAAAAAAAGGAUGAGAUUUCUUUUAUUUUUGAUUAUCGUUUAUGUUUCAUUUGAAGUUAAUUUUUGUUGGACGAGUAUUGGAAAAAAUCCUGAUGAUUAUUCCGGAACUGGUUGUAAAGUAAAUGGAGUUGAGUUAGCCCCUGGAGAAAUUAAAGCGUUAGAUUAUCCUUGUUCUGAACUAUUUUGUACACCUCCAACUUAUAGAAUAAGCGGAUGUGCUACAAUUAGUGGUGGUAAAAAUUGCAAAAUAAGACCUGGUGAUCUUGAUAAACCUUAUCCAAAUUGUUGCCCAUUAAUGGAAUGCGUUGCUAAAGAAUAAAUUUUCCUCUUAAACACAAAACAUUGACUUAUAGCAGAUUUUUGUAAUUACCUUAGUUGGUGGGGGUUGUUAAAAACGAAUUCGAAAUUCGUCGUAAUUAUAACGACGAAUAGUUUGCAGGGAGUUUUCGCUCUGCUGCCGAGAGAUACGGAAAAGAGAAGAAGAAGAAAACUCUUUGGUAAUAAGACGAGUUUGCAAAAGUCAUUAUCGUACAACUUGAAACCCACCCAGAUAUAUUUCACGACUUACCCCAUCUGGAUUGUGUUUAUACGGUGGGCCUGUUCCGCAAAAUUCCACCAGAACAUCUUGCAGCUUUUUUGUGGAAUCUGAAAAAACGUAAAUAUAAAAGUUAAUUUCUUAAGUUUCAUUGCAAAUAUUGACUGGAGAUUUAAAUAAUCCUGAAAUGUUCGUACCGGAAGAGUUUACGUGGGUUUCAGGAAGAUUUCAGAGGGGUUUAAACCUUUCCCGUUUUAUUAACACCACCCCUUGAACUUUUAAGUUAAUUAAGUUAAUGAAAAUAAAUAAAUCUUGAAUUUAACUAGAA